AAAUAUAAAACAAUACAAAUUCUCACGACGUUUCGACUGCAACACAAGCAAUCAUCAUCAGGUGUGAAAUCCACAGCAAUAAAUUUUCUUAAAUUAUUUAAAGGCAACGUUUUUGACGAAGUGUGUUGAGUUUUGUUUCGUAAUAAUUGAUGUUUUAAAAACGUCUAAUAGGCUACGUUUCACGUGCCAGCCGCUAGAAGCCGCUAGUUCGAGAUCAAAACAUUUCCACAGCGGCGCGUGUUGCUGAUGGCUACUGGUUGGUGGUGGUGGUUGUUGUUGUGAAAAAAAUUCACGGCCAUGUAACAAGAGCUGGGUGGGAGUGUCAACCCCCUAUGUUUGUUCCCCAGGAUGAGAUUGUGUAACCACUGAAGCCAUCCCCUUCCACGGCCAAACAGCCCAACAGCUGAUCCUUCACCACCCACCCACCCAUAUUCCAUCUCGGUCUAUUUUGGUUCCAGCAUCAGAGCCUCAGAGAGAGAGAGAGGCCGGAUACACUCACUCACUCUGUGGCGCAGUCCGUUUUGUUUUAUUGGUUGAGUUUAUAUAUGUGUACUGUAUAUAAUUGUGUACGUGAUUUUGGCGUGAAGUGAUAUCAAAUUGUUAAGGAUAUUGCCAGUUUGUGAGUCACCGCAUUCAACAUAAUAUGGAUCGUGCGUAAUGCUUGCAGAGUGAACUUCGAGUUCUGAGAGCAGAUUGACCUUAAAGAGUCUGGAGAUGCAGGCAGGAGGGGGCAGCACGGGCAGUGUGAAGGAGAGAUGCAAGAGACUGAGCGAGCGGUCGGGAGCAGGAGAGAAGCCAGCCUUGCGUGGAGUGCGCUCGACCGCGGGUCGCGUUCUGCGCUUGCGAGCCGCCGUGGCGUGCGACGACGUGGUCUCGGCUCGCCGGUUGCUGCGGGAGAUCAUCGGCUCCAGCGUGGACGAGACUCCCGGAUCGACGGCCGCUCCCGCUCCCGUCGCCAACGCUGACCUCCAGGGGAACUCCCACGGCUGGGCCACGGUCGCCCAGGUGCGCGACCGCAACGGCUGGACGCUGCUUCACCUCGCCACGGUGCGCGGGAGCGAGGGAUGCGUGCGGCUGCUCCUGCAACACGGAGUUGACCCGUGGGACGGCGAUCAGGAAGGCGGCUUCACCGCAUUGCACUACGCUGCCAUGGGUGGGCGCGGCACGGUGGCGCGCAUCCUGCUGCAGUCACCGGCAGCGGCGGCGGCGGCACCGGGGAGUGCCCCAACUCAUGUGGCUGCACCGCCAGUGACCCAGCCGGAGAUUGAGUCUCCAUCAGAAGCCCACUUAAUCGCCGACGCUCCAUCAGAGACCCACAUGGAGAUCGAAUCUCCAUCGGAAGCCCAACCGGAGCACGUGGCUCCAUCGGAGACCCAAAUUAUCGCUUCGAUUCCGUCGGGAAUCAAUGCUCGCGGCGCAGGGAAACCCCCACUGGGGUCUGGACCGGGAUCAGCUGGGGUGGACCGGCGGCUGGGGUUGGUGGCCGCACGCAGCAGAGAUGGAUGGACUCCGCUGCACGUGGCGGCCAGCUACGGGCAUGAUCACGUGUUGCGAUUGCUGCUUAACUACGGGGCGGACGUGGACGCGCAGAACGGGAAGGGGCUGAGCGCGCUCGUCUUGGCCGUGAUGCGCGAGCGCGAGAGCUGCGUGCGCGCGCUGCUGGAUUGCCGUGCCGACAUCCGCGCCAACCACGACCUAGCGCUCUUCUCCGCCGUGCUCCGGGGCAGCGACACCAUCUGCCGCCUCCUGCUGCAGAGAGGCGCGGACCCACGUGCGAGCCGGCCCUGCGACGGCCUCACGCCGCUCCACGUGGCCGCCCUGCGGGACGACGCGGCGUGCUCGCGCCUCCUGCAUGCCCACGGGGCCCACGCGGGGACCCCCAACGCCGCCGGCGUCUCGGCCUUCUCCGUGUGCGCCCGGCGCGCGCGGUCCGGCAGCCCCUGCCUGCAGUUCCUGCGACAAGCGGCAUGCCGACCGCGCUCGCUGCUCGAGUGCAGCCGCGCGGCGGUGCGGCGGGCGGCGUGGCGCGCGGGGGCGCUGCCUCGCCUCGGGGAGCUGCCGCUGCCCCCCACGAUGCUCCGCUACGUCCUCUUCAGAGGCAUCGACCUCAGCGACGGCGACUUCCGCGACGAGGAAGCGCCGAGGCACGCCGGCGGCGGCGGCGGUGAUGCGGGGCCGAGCAACCUGCCCCGCAGCCCGCUAGCGAACGGUGGUGGCCAGACGCGGCAGCAGCAGCAACAACAACAGCACUAGCUGUGAUAGCAGCUGUGAUAGCACCAGCUGUGAUAGCAGCAGCUGUGAUAGCAGCACUAGCUGUGAUAACACCAGCUGUGAUAGCAGCAGCACCAGCUGUGAUAGCAACAGCUGUGAUAGCAACAGCUGUAAUAGCAGCACCAGCUGUAAUCGCACCAGCUGUGAUAGCACCAGCUGUGAUAGCAACAGCUGUGAUAGCAACAGCUGUGAUAGCAACAGCUGUAAUAGCAGCACCAGCUGUGAUCGCACCAGCUGUGAUAGCAACAGCUGUGAUAGCACCAGCUGUGAUAGCACCAGCUGUGAUAGCAACAGCUGUAAUAGCAGCACCAGCUGUGAUCGCACCAGCUGUGAUAGCACCAGCUGUGAUAGCAGCAGCUGUGAUAGAAGCAGCUGUGAUAACACCAGUAGAAGCACCAGCUGUGAUAGUACCAGCUGUGAUAGCAACAGCUGUGAUAGCACCAGCUGUGAUAGCACUAGCUGUAAUAGCAGCAGUAGAAGCACCAGCUGUUAUAGCAGCAGCACUAGCUUUAAUAGCAGUAUCAGCACCAGCUGCGAUAGCAGCAACAGAAGCUGUAAUAGCAGCAGCAGCAGUCGUAGCACCAGCUGUAAUAGCAGCAGCAGAAUCUGUAAUAGAAACAGCAGCAACAACAGCAUCAGCUGUAAUCCCACCAGCAUCAGCUGUGAUAGCACCGGCACCAGCUGCAAUGAGGGCCCGAUUAAGGUUCUUGUACUUCUGUUUUCGUAGGUACUGCCGCCCCUACGGUUCUGAUGCCCCAUGACACUACUACCGGCACUGUCACUCGCUUGUUUCAGGCGUACUUCGUCCAGCCGCUGGACAGAUGUCGUUACUGCUGAUACAUCCAUCGGUUAGUCUGUGCCCUGAUUCGACGGGAGCGCGCUGUGUGCCGCAGAUAAGCGGAUUUGGUUUGAGAUUAUUGAGAGAGAAAAAAGGUACGCCUAAAUAUAUGAGAGAACAUUUCUUCAACUGUUUUACUGUGCUUAUCAUAUCGGAUGACGCGGCUUUAAAAGGAUGCCGUUCAUUUUCAUCGAUAACAAAUUGAAUGUUCUGACAGAAUGACCACGUGGCGAGCACCGUAUUGCUUUGCUUUCGUUUAAGCUGAAAGAUGUUGGUUAUUUUAGGUGUAAUAUGCCUCGCCUACAAGUCAACGACUUGUUACCACUGCGAAGAAAUGACAACGAGCAGCCAUAAAACACACACAUACCUAUUCAAGAAGAUAAAUUGGUGACAAAAAAUGCAUCAUACAAACAACAACAUGGUCAAAAUGGUUUUUUUUUCGUAGGCCCUAGGCACAGUGCCUAUUGUGCUUAUUCGAUAAAACAGCCCUGGCUGUAAUAGCACCAGUAGCAGUAGCAGCAACAAUAGCACGAACUGCAAUAGCAGAAGCUGUAAUAGCAUCAGCAAUAGCAGCAACGUCACAAAGCUCUGCCCCCCCCCCCAAACAAAAAAAACAUGCUUCAAAUCGCUUUAUACUAUUGUCAUUGUAGUCUGUAUUUAAUGUGGCGCUGCACUCUGAUGUUG